AUGAAUUUCACAAAGAUAUUUUUGUUUGUGUUCGCUUGUUUUGUUUUAAUGUCCACCGUGUCAGGAGCUCCUGAACCCAGGUGGAAAUUCUUCAAGAAAGUGACUGAGUACAUCGUAUCGUAUCGUAGACCGCAUCAUCGCUUGCCACCAGGCCAGAUAGUGGUCAAACGUCGCCUCAUCAAAUAUAAAAAAAAACCCUUCAUGAGAUUCGGAACGCUAUUCCUUCUCUGCCUUGUGAAUACAGUUUCCGUCAACUUGGCCAGAGGAGCCAAAUAG